AUGGUAUCUUCCAGUCGCGCCAUAUCUCGGAUCUUCCGCUCGCCUCGCCGUGGAGUCGGAUUCCGUGUCCGCUGUGACUGGAAUCCCCCGCAUAAACCGCAAUAUGCAAGGCGAUGCCUGGCAACAACUCCUCGAUGUCUCAAAAGCGUUCCCGCCCCUGAUGCCCUGCGCGAGGACUCGAUCAGAAAGAGAUUCCUCGGCACCACCAAAAUCCUGCCGGAAUUCAACUUAUCAGAUCGAGUUGUUCUAGUUUCCGGUGCUGCCAGAGGCUUGGGACUCUCGAUCGCCGAAGCGUGUCUGGAGGCCGGAGCGGCAGUGUAUGCAUUAGAUCGUUUACCGCCGUCUGGACAGUCCCCAGACUUUUCGAGGAUUCAAAAGCGUGCCACGGAUGAGCUUGGCUCAAGACUUUCCUAUCGCCAAGUUGACGUGCGAGACGGAUCCGGCUUGAACCAGAUCAUUGGCGACAUCGGCGACAAAGAAGGCAGAAUGGACGGCUUGAUCGCAGCGGCGGGAAUCCAACAAGAGACGCUGGCUCUGGAAUACACCCGGGAGGAUGCAAACCGGAUGUUCGAGGUCAACAUCACCGGUGUCUUAAUGACAUCUCAAGCGGUUGCAAAACAGAUGAUCCGGUUCCAAAAUGGGGGCAGCAUCGUUCUCAUUGCGUCAAUGUCGGCAGGAAUUGCAAAUCGAGGACUCAUGUGUGUGCCCUAUAAUGCGUCCAAGGCUGGUGUGGUUCAGCUCGCACGAGGCCUGGGUGCUGAGUGGGGAGAGCACGGCAUCAGAGUCAAUACCAUUAGCCCUGGGUAUAUCGUCACAGCAAUGGUCGAGGAACUUUUCCAAACAUAUCCUGAACGAAGGACGAAUUGGGCGGCUCAAAACAUGCUUGGGCGGCUGAGUACACCGAAUGAAUACAGAGGAGCUACGGUCUUUCUUGUGAGUGAGGCAAGCAGCUUUAUGACUGCGGCCGAUUUGAGGAUAGACGGAGGUCACAGUGCUUGGUAG